AAAACACUUCGAUCUCGCUCGAGGUGGCUGUGUGAGACCAUGGGGAAGCCGAACAAGAAGGACAAGAAACUCCGUGCUGGGGAAGAAUCCCGCGACUUGGACCUCGAGCGAGAAGAAUCGUCCAAAGUCAAAAUCGAUGAUCGGUUUGCCUCGGUCCUCACUGACGAGCGCUUUCAGUUGGACGUCCAAGACAAAUACGGCCGUCGACGCAAACAGAAGGACAAGGCCACAGAAGAACUGAGUACGUUUUAUACAGUUGAAGAUGGUCAUGACAAGCAAUCUUUUGCUGAAACUGAGAAACUGGCGAACAACGGUAGUUCGGACGACUCUUCGGCGUCUUCCUCCGCCGAGGCAUCGGAGCAAGGCGAACUAGAAGUCGACGAAGAUCCGGCAUCGCGAAUCGCUUAUUUAACUGCCCUCUCUCGUGGUGAAGUCGAUGUCUCUUCAUCGUCCGAAGGCGAGGGGGAAAGGGACGAAACGGAUCGAUCCCUGUCAGACAGCGACGACGAAUCGGUUGGCGGUAGUGAAGAUCCAGUGCUCGGAAUGGCGGGUGUCCUGGAUCCAUCGACGAACAUCGAAGAGGAAGUGGAGUUGACAACAGAAGUUUCGCCGUUUCUUGCUGUCAUGAACAUGGACUGGAUGAAUGUGCGGGCAGUCGACAUUUUUGCGAUUGUGUCCAGCUUCACUCCACCAGGCGCGGUGAAAAAAGUUCAGGUUUAUCCGAGUGAUUUUGGCAGGGAACGCAUGGCACAAGAGGAAAAGUUUGGUCCAGCAGGUCUUUGGAAGAAAUCAAAAACAAAAAACACUGGGGACAAUAUUAAAGAUGACGAUGAUGACAACGAGACAGAUAAUUUGAGUGCCGAAGAUGGCGGUUACUUAACCAACUCUGAAGAAGAUGGCGAUUCUGUUCCGGAAAAUAUCGAGGGUACUCCUUCUAUGACACUGCAUAAUUCGGGCAAGACCGACUUUGAUCCUGAGAAACUACGUGCUUACGAGGCUUCGAGGCUCAAAUACUACUUUGCUGUCGUCGAGUUCAGUAGUCCAGGUUAUGCCGAUGUUGCUUACAAAGAAGUUGACGGCUUGGAGUUUGAGUAUUCGAGUUCUGCACUGGAUCUCCGAGCAAUUCCACCAUCCAGUAUUGACGACGUAACGAAAGAGCGUACAAUUCGGGGCAAGCUUGGGGAGCUUUGGCGGAAACGGACGGACUUGAAAGCUUAUCUUGCAUCUGACAAUUCGAGUGACGAAGAGGAGAAUGAAAAAGCCGGCAAGUCGUCUCGAAUGCGCAAGAUGCUUGGCCUUGAUAGCGACGACGAAGACUCCAAUGGCACAGAUCAGAAUUCGGUUUCAUCUGGUUCGUCGUCCGAAAAAGAAGGAGAGGAAAAAGAAGACAGUGCUUAUAUUAAAGAAGCACUCUUCAUCCCGGGUAAAAGCACCCUAGAGGAAUCAAUUCGAUCCAAACUUGAGAAUAAGGAGGAUGCCGUUGAGCUCACACCUUGGGAAAAGUACCAGGAAAAGCGAAAACUAAAAAAACGUGAAAAACGCAAGGAAUCACGAGAAAAACGGAAAGAGAUUAACGAGAUCCGUAAAGGCGAAAAGCCAAGAAAGGAGAAGAGCGGUGACUCGUUUUUCAUGGAAGCCAAGGAGAGUGAAGGAAUAGACAAUGAUUUUCUCCCUUCGCAAUCAAAAGGCGAGCUGGAACUCUUGGUGGCUGGUGAGAAUGAUGUUGGCGAAGAUCGUGACUACGAUAUGCGAGGCCUGCAGCGUUUGGAAAAAAAUAAAGACAAAAAGUUCACGGGAUCCCGCAAACGUAAUGAGGUGGCGCUGGCGGCGAAUGUCACUGGUACCGAAUUUCACGUCGACACCUCUGAUCAACGGUUUAAGGCUGUCUUAGACGGUACGGAUGAUCGCUUUGGCAUAGAUAGAACUGAUCCGAGCUUUAAAGAGACGCCUGCCAUGCGAGAGAUUUUGAAAGAGCAGACGUUACGACGAAAAGACAAGCGACGAAGAAAAUCCACAAAGGCGGAGUCUGCUUCGAAGCAGAAAGUUGUACCCAAUGUCAGCGCGGAAGCUACUUUGACAUCGACUGGCGGUGCGUCAGCACUAAGUUCACUGGUGUCAAGUCUCAAAUCAAAAAUAGUCAGGCCAAGCACUACUUAACUGU